UACUGGUUUACAUGUUCUCUUCGGUGGGUAAUGUGCUGAAUGUUGUUGGAUCUGAUUCUGACCAGUUGGACAGGAUAGAACCGAGUUCUGAUUCACCUGUUCAGAUGUUGCCAGGUGUUCAAACCAGAUGUUCCAGUCUGUCCUGAGAAAACAUCUCCCUAGGUGUCAGAUGUCCAGAUGCAUUGUGGGUAAUGAGGCUUUUCAUGAACUUAGUUUCGUUGCACCGUCAAAGAGUUUCAGCACCAAGGACAGAGUCUGGAUGAGCGGCAUCCCCAAAGCCACGUGGUGGACACAGGUGGACAGACGGGUGGACAGGUAGACAGACACACAGAUGAACAGUCAGACAGGUGAACAGACAGACAAGUGGACAGACAGACAGGUGUGUGUAGUUGCAGAAUGUCUCUGUGCUCGGGGAUAGAUUUCUGAUUUUCCACGUGCUAACGGUCUCGCGCUUUGACUGGACAGACAUCCAGACGGACAGAUUCUCAUCCUCUGUAGCUGCAGAGAGGCUCGCGCCGCUCGGUCCAGGUGUCGUCAUGGGAACCGUGCUGUCUCUGUCUCCGGGCUUGCGGAAAGCUGCCGUCGCUCGCGGCCCGGAGAAAGCCUCCAAGCUUGUGGCGCAGAACCCUUUGGAGGCACGCGACAAGGAGGAGGAGGAGGAAGACGGUAAGAAGAAGAAGCAGCGGCACGCGGUGCUGCUGCACGCGCUCAGCUGGAAAGAACGGCUCGUAGCCGCGCGAGCCAAGAGGAAGGGACGGAAGAAGGUGAAACCUGCCGUGUCCGAUCCCGGUCACAUCCAGCUAGAAGAAAAGGAGAAGACGGCCACCGACAGCCGACACAGAGCGCUGAAAGGCGGCCACAGAAACGGACCCAUCCCGGUGCCUGUCCCGACCGUCCCGGAGCAGAAGAAGAGGGGCAGGCCGGAGCUGAUUUCACCGCGGAGGGUGGUGGUGCAGGCCUCCACAGGUGAGCUCCUUCGCUGUCUCUCUGACUUUGUGUGUCGUCGUUGUGUCAAACUCAAGCAGCUGUCGUCCAAUCAGAUCGUCCUCUGGUUCAGAAAUGUUGACCGAGCGCUGCUGGUGCAGGGCUGGCAGGACCAGUGCUUCAUCAGCCCCACCAGCUUGGUCUUUGUGUACCUGCUGUGCAGGAAUGUGGUGGAUGAGGACACAGCCUCAGAGCAGGAGCUCCAUGCCACCUUUCUCACCUGUCUCUACCUGGCCUACUCGUACCUGGGCAACGAGAUCUCAUACCCGCUGAAGCCGUUUCUGGUGGAGUCCAGCCGCGACGUCUUCUGGGAGCGAGCUCUGGAGGUCAUUGAGCAUCUGAGCGCCGAUAUGCUGCGGAUCAACAUAGAACCUCAGUUCUUCACCGAGGUUUUCCAGGACCUGAAGAGGCAGGCCGUGGGGCAGGGGAGGGACGGGAACCAGGAGGAGGGGGCAGGUAAAACUGUAAAGAAAGAGAAGGAAGCAGAUGAUCUGGAUCGUUAAGAACAGGGACCGUUAAUGAGACUCAAUCUGACAUGGUCUGAAUGUACCUGCUGCACCUGCAGUCUUCUGCACUGGUUACCAUGGUAACCUAAGAUGAGCUCACCUCAACUGCAUGCUGACUAACUGUAUCUCCUGACUGUACUAUAGUGGAUGUUGACAAGUUCCCAUGGCAACUGCACAUAUGAUAAGCUGCCUUAUUAUUAGUAGUGAAGAAUGUGUGAUGAAAAGAGACAUCAGACACAGAAAACAAACAAA